AAAACUCAUGAACCUCCUACUUUUAUGAGAAACAAAGUCCGACUUUGAGACAACUACUUCUGCUUCAACUAAUCAACAACAAGAUCAAACCCAAAUAAUAUCAUGAACAACUUUUCAUUAGAGCUGCACUUGCUGCACACAAAGCCUACGGCUGUUGCUGCUGCACCCAAAUACGGCCGUGCCUCAUUAGUACGAAAAUCCAAGGUUGCAAAAGCUGUACUCGAUAGCAAGCCAAAAAGCUCCCUUGUUCUACCCUACAAGGGUGUUGAUCCUCUUGUUGAGUCAAAAAUCCUGCAAAUCAUUGAGAGGCAGUUUAAGGGUUUUGUUUCCAGGAAAGAAACCCGGUUUGAUCCUAUCGUUCUUAGAGAGGCCUAUGAAACUUGCAGACAAAUCUGUGCUGAACGUUCGACCACCUACUAUCUAGGAAGUCUUCUGAUGACUGAAGAAAGAAAGAAAGCGGUGUGGGCUGUAUAUGCUUGGGGCCAGAGGACGGAUGAGCUAGUGGAUAAGAACCUUGCAAGCGCAGCUGUAUUGGAUAGCUGGGAAAAGAGGCUUGAGGACAUCUUCAAUGGAUGUCCUCAUGACAUAGCAGACACUGCCUUGGCUGAUACUUUCCAGCGAAUUCCCCUUGACAUUGAGCCUUUCAAAGAUCUGAUGCAAGGGAUGAGAAUGGACUCAUGGAAAACUCGCUACGAGAACUAUGAAGAGCUUGUACUAUACUGCUAUUAUGUGGCAAUAACAGGUUGCUUAAUGACUCUCCCUAUAGCAGGAAUGUCACCAGAAUCUGAGACUUGUACUGAAAGCAUUUUUCAAGCAGUGGUUUCCUUGGGAAUCGCAAACCAGCUAACUAACAUCCUUAGAGAUGUAGCAGAAGAUGCUGAAAGGGGAAGAGUAUACCUUCCACAAGACGAGCUCAGAGAGUUUGGGUUGACAAACGAGGAUAUAUUCUCGAAGAAUGUAACAGAGGAAUGGCGAGAAUUCAUAAAGCAGCAGAUAGCGAGAGCAAGAUACUACUACGAACAGGGAGAGCAUAUUGCUUCUCAGCUAGACAUCUCUAGUAGGUGGCCGGUGUGGGCGUCAAUGAUGUUGUACCGGAAGAUUUUGGAUAAGAUAGAGGCAAACAAUUACGACAACUUGACAAAGCGCGCAAAAGUAGGAAGCACAGAGAAGAUGCUUACGCUGCCACUAGCUUAUGCCAAAGCCAUGGAUUGGUAUUCCGGCACAAAAUCAGUCCCUCGUUGACAUUUAACAAACCAGUACACAGUCAUGACUCGUAUUCAUUAUCCAUUUGUAGUCUUAAAUAACAUCCUAGGUUUUUUUUUUUGGGUACAACUACGAGGAGUUCCCAGGAAUUUGCAAUGACCAAACCAACCAAAAGACUACGCGCCAUCAACUGAAUCAUUUAAUACCUUUCUUGUUUGUAUAAGUUACACUUUUUCAAAUAGUAUCUCAAAUUUCUUUAAUUAGUGUUCCUAAACAAGUCAUGCAUCAUAAAGAAUCACUUGCUACGAGCACAGCAACCCUCAUUCUCAACUUCAUUCAUUUGAAUGCAAUCGCAGAUUAUAGCAACAAAUUUUCUUUUAA